UGAACACAUUUCUCGCUUAUCUACAGCAAAAUUUUGUCAUUUUAGCAUUGUUGUUUUUGUAUCUCCUGACAUGUCAAGAGUUCCAAAUAAACUUGAUCAAAAAGAUGGCAGAUUUGUUUCCCCUAAUGCUAUACCUCCUUCAUUACAAAUUCCUUCUGGUACUGCUAUUAAUGAACAAGUAGUACCAACCUCACCACCUUCAUCUCUUAGCAAAAUCAGUCCAAUACUUGUUUUGGUCAUAAUUUUUCUAGCAUUUAUCUUCUUCAUAUCUGGUGUUCUACACUUACUCUUUAAAUUUUUCAUCAAAAGGGCCUCUUCUUCACCAAUCUAUCAAUCCAAUAUUAGGCUCCCAGAAACCGCAUCCGGUUCUCAUGUUCUCCAAAGACAGCUUAGACAGCUCUUUAGAUUACAUGACUCAGGCCUAGACCAAGCUGUUAUAGAUGCUUUGCCUGUGUUUUGUUACAAAGACAUUGUUGGUUUAAAGGAGCCGUUUGAUUGCGCCGUCUGUCUAUGCGAAUUCUCCGAACGCGACGAUCUCAGAUUGCUUCCUGCUUGCAGCCAUGCUUUCCACAUUGAUUGCAUUGGCACAUGGCUGCUAUCAAACUCAACAUGCCCACUUUGCAGGCAUACCCUUUUGGUGUCUGACAUUUUUUCGGAGAAUCCAAUGCUGAACUUUGAGGAUCAUGUUGAGAUCUCAAGUGGGUUGUCAAGUGAUGGAGAAAACAGGCAGCCAAAUAACAGGAAAUCAUUGGCUAAUGUGGAUCAGGAAGGCAGUUUUGGUGGUGUUAGGAGAGUGUUUUCUGUGAGACUUGGGAAAUUCAGGAGCUUAAAUGGUGGGGCAGAAAGUGCGGGAGAGACUAGUAGGUGUAAUUUGGAUGCUAGAAGAUGUUACUCAAUGGGGACAUUUCAGUAUGUGGUUGGUAAUUCUGAUUUGCAAGUGACUCUAAGCCGCGCAACAAGCGGAGAUCGCCGCGGAAAGUUUUCAGUUGGUUCGGAUUUGGAGGGGAAGAAAAUCAGUGGAAGGCAAAAGGGUGAGAGCUUCUCAGUCUCCAAGAUCUGGCUUUGGUCUAAAAACAGCAGAUUCCCAAGCUGUUCUGAUACUGAUAUAAGUCUGCCAACCUCUCUUAAUGUCAGUUUUUCAAACAAUAAUCAAACUCCAAAUGCAAGGAUGUCAUAUAACUUGUGAGUAUAUAGAUGAGAUCAGUGGUUUCUUGGUCAUCAGUCUAUAUACAUACC